ACAUCACUACCGAGAUACUAAAAAAAUUAGUUCAAACUCCUGAACAUCUUCCUAGAAGGCCUGAUCUUAACGAUUUCCUUAACGAGAAACCUCAAGUAAAAAUACCGCUUUCUCCUAUUCAUUUUUCCCAAUUAUCCACUAUUGGUCGAGGACGUUUAACUGAAGAACGAGAUAUUUAUUUUGUUGGAUCUUAUAGUACACUUAAUUCGCCCUCCUUCAGUUGGAACGAACGAGAGCUCAUAUCAUGGUUUUUGGGACUGUUAUUAAAAGUUCAAUAG